CUUCUUCUUCUCCUCUCCUUCAAAACCCAAAUACCCUUCCGACGAUUCUUCUCAGUAGUCAUCAGAACUGAAAUCUGAAAUUCAAGGCCCUCGAUCUCAAAUCCCUCGACGUCUGUUCUAAAAUCAGCAUCUUCUCUGGUGAUUUUUGCAGCUCCUGAGAAUUAAACGGUUUUCGAAGUCGAUACUGCGAUCGAUACGAUGAAUUGCGAAGUUUGCCAUCUUAAAGAACUGGAGGUGGAACUCUUUGAGAUUCCGGAAGUUCUGCGCUGUAUAUUGCACACGAUUAUAUUUCACAGAGCUUUAGGUCCCAUUCGGCCAAAGGACAUUGAUUCUGAACUUUUCGAAAUUACUUACGUACAAUGUGGAGAUGCUGAGAUUGAAAGGAAAAUAGAUGAGAAAAUCGACGAGUUCAUUGGACGUGCAGAGAAGCACCCAAACAGGAAAAGCCAGAUAUGUUUAUCCUUCUAUGAGGUAAAACAAAAGCUGGCAACAUGGUUCACUAACAAGAUUGAACGCUUAUGUUGGGAGCAGUGGUAUAUUAAUUUGAAUGUGGUACACUCAAAAACACAUUCUAGCAAGUCCCAUCAUACUAAAGUGGUUGUAGAACCCAGAGAAAUAACAUCGGAGGAGAGGGCUAUGAGCCGUGCUGCCCUGGAACGAGCCCUCCGUGAUGUUUUGUUUCAAAUCAUAAAAUUUGUUGAUGAAAAGAAAGAGCACAUUCCUGCGAUACCUAAGGAAAGCAUCACGUUUCCAUAUGAAAUCAGAAGUUCAUGGGAUUCUUCUUCUGGCAUGGACAUGUUCAAGAGGAUGCUCCAGACGGGCCAUCCGAGCAUGCUCAGCUGACAAUCUUACCCACCAAGUGUAGGCUCUUCUCCUCAUAUAACUGCUAAUGUUAAUUGCUCUCAACCAUCAUCACCGAUUGUCCAUAAUCACAGAAUCAAGGAAAAGACGUAAGCAUCGUUUGUUUAUCUGAUAAUCAGGAUUUGUACAGAACAUAGUCGCAGAGAUGUGUGAAUCAGAUAUAAGUUGAUUUAGUUUGCAGUCACUUUAUUUGUGUUUGUAUAUAUACAUUUUACGUUAUUUAAUGGAGAGAACUAAGUUACUGAUA